AUGACUCCCCGAGACACGUCAUCUCCCAUCUCUGGAAGCAGCCAGCAGCCACACUCCAGCCAGAACCCUAAGGUGUCCUCACGCCCACAUCCCAACCAGCAGCGGGUACGGCGCGCGCUGCUCUGGAAGCGUGUGCAACCGGGGACUGAGAGCUCAGCAGACGAACCUGGGGCGACUGACUUCGACAGGCUGCGGGCUCCCGUGAUCAAAGGCCAAAGAUACUUGUGGGGCAGCCCCCCUCGGCAGCCGUCCAGGUCCACCGGCCUCCGGCCGGCGCCGCACGGGUUAAGGAACUCCCCUCCCACCGCUGUGCCCCGCCCACCGCCCCGCGAGGUCACCGAGGCAGUGGUCCUCCCAGCACCCAGAGCGUCCCGGAAGUGCGCCCGGCCGGGCGGGGCGGGGCGCGGGUGCACUUCCGGCCCGCGCCCGGGCGGCCACCUCCGGCUCGGAAGGUCCCCGGUGUGCACUCCUUCAGCAGGCCUUAGGGGAAGAUGGCAGCCCUGGGGGAUGGUCAGGAGCCCCCUCAUGUCCUGUCCCCGGUCAGUUUCGAGUCACCCGGGACACCUGGAGCCCACCACCAUGAAGCCCAACUUCACCUCCACCUCCACGGUCAUCAACAUGGUACUUGCCUCCCUGCACCAUCACUGCGGGCAGGCAGCUUGCUGGGCACUGGGGCUCCUGCACCCUGGCUUCCCCAGCGGCAGCCCUGAGGUGCCCUCUGGGCCCCCUCAGGGGGCGGGGCCAUCGGACCUGGACUUCCAGGACAUGGCGGAGGCCCGGAUCUGCAGAGACACCUGCUGGUCAGGUUCGGAGUCGGAGCCAGAGCAGGCCCCGUCGUCUCCCCGCCCACACAGUCCUGAAGACGAGGUGCACCAGGCUGGGGGCGUGCUGAGGACCCUGCUGAGGAGCCUUCCCCGCAGACCCGGGGUUGGGGGCCGCUUUGGGCAGGAGCCCAGCCUGGAGCGGCCAGCAGGCCAGCCACCGAGGGCCAGGCCCCGUUCCCAGAAGAGAGGCACCUGGCUCGGUUCGCAGGGAGCCUCCGGGACGGAGGGCAGCCCGGGGCGCACGGCCGAGCUGGCAGGCAGCCUGAGCCGGGUCUCGGGCCUCGGGACCCAGCAGGGCGGCCCGCGGGGCGGGAAGCCGCACAGGUGCGAGGCCUGCGGCAAGAGCUUCAAGUACAACUCACUCCUGCUGAAGCACCAGCGCAUCCACACGGGCGAGAAGCCCUACGCCUGCCACGAGUGCGGCAAGCGCUUCCGUGGCUGGUCGGGCUUCAUCCAACACCACCGCAUCCACACGGGCGAGAAGCCCUAUGAGUGCGGCCAGUGCGGCCGCGCCUUCAGCCACAGCUCGCACUUCACACAGCACCUGCGCAUCCACAACGGGGAGAAGCCUUACGAGUGCGGUGAGUGCGGCCAGGCCUUCAGCCAGAGCUCCAACCUGGUGCGGCACCAGCGGCUGCACACGGGCGAGAAGCCAUACGCCUGCAGCCAGUGCGGCAAGGCCUUCAUCUGGAGCUCGGUGCUCAUCGAGCACCAGCGCAUCCACACGGGCGAGAAGCCCUACGAGUGCCCCGACUGCGGCAAGGCCUUCCGCGGCCGCUCGCACUUCUUCCGGCACCUGCGGACCCACACGGGCGAGAAGCCCUUCGCCUGUGGCGCCUGCGGCAAGGCCUUCGGCCAGAGUUCCCAGCUCAUCCAGCACCAGAGGGUCCACUACCGGGAGUAGCGGGCGCUGGGGACGCGGGGUAGCAGCCUGGGGUCGAGGCGGCAUUCCCGCGGCGGGCUUCAGCCUGCGCGCCCUCCUAGUUGGCACAGCCGGCAUCACGUGCCAUGUCCCGAAUAAAUUUUUUGUACUUGAUAGAGACAAGAGGAGGCCCAGGAGCUGACUUCAUCACCAUCUUGGGCUCUGUGCAGGGGGUGGUGCAGAUUGCAUGUGCAUGUGGGUCAGUAAAUAACAAAAAUGGACCUAAACCUGGA